AUGGGAAUCGGCGACGAUUAUCUCCCAGGAGGCUGCAUGAAGUGCUUUUGGGGUUGCCUCUUGCGGUGCGUGUGGCCAAGCACGAAGCGCGAUCUCGAGCAGAUGGAAGAAAUCGUCGCAAGCUCCGGCUUGGACUAUCUUUUGGUGCGACCAAUGGGUGUGGAUCCGGCGGAGCUUCCGCGGAAUUCCUAUCGACUGCUCACUGCACCGUGCAUUCUCAGAGGGCUUGUGCUGACUUUUGCGGGUUUUGGCUUGAGGGGUUCAGGGUUUCAGGAUUAA